UUUAUUUGAAACUAAUCAUAUUACUGUCAUAAAAGGUUAGUGUAAUUAACCCUAAAUGAUAAAUCCAAGAAAAUAUUACUGAGAACUGCAAAAAGCUUUUCUCAUUCUCUCCUCCAUUGUGAUUUCUUCACUUUCUACUUGUAUACUCAUUACUCAUUUGAUGGCUGAACCGACCGAUUCCGCCAUGGCUACCACCGCUGCGCCGCCUCAGUCACCGCCAUCGCCGGCGGCUGUACAAGUGGAAGCUCAUCAACAACAAAAUGAACAACAAACCGUGAAUGCUGCUGCUUCACACACAAUCAUUCAACAGUCUGAGUUACGACAGCCACCGAAUGAGUCAAUUGCUGAUUUUCGCAAACUGUCGGAUGCCUUUUCAGCAUUCCAGAACUGUUUCGCGGAGUUACAAAAACACGUUUGUUCAAUUCAGACGUUGAUCGACUCUAUGCGGCCAUCGCUUCCGGCAGCAGCAGCGACAGCGACAACAGCGGCGCCAGAGGUGGAGACGUCUUCGGAAUCUGAUCCUUCGGAAGAAGUAGAGGCGGAGGAUGUGGAGGUGGUGAAAACCCCGAAAUCCCCUUGCUCGGCGUUGAAAUCGACUAUUUCAGAGGUGGAAAGCCUGUGUGAGAAGAUGGAUGGACGUGGUUUGCGGAAGUAUAUGAUAGUGCAUAUCGAAGAUAUAAAUGGACUGGUUGAACAAGUUUCUAAGGCAUUGAAAUUGUCUCCUAAUCCUGGGAGGCUUGUAUUGGAUUGUCUAGGGAAAUUUUAUUUGCAAGGAAGUAAGGCGUAUGUCAAGGGUUCACCCGUUAUUAACGGAAGGAAGGCUUCGAUAUUGGCCUUGGAGUGUUUCUUGGUUAUGGGAGUUGACGAGGGAGUUGAGAUUGAGAAAGAGGUGAAAGAAGAAGCUGGGAAGGCAGCUUUUUUAUGGAGGAAGAGGUUGAUUGCUGAAGGAGGUUUACGAAAGGCUCAUGAUAUGGAUGCCCGGGGUUUGCUAUUGCUGAUUGGGUGUUUCGGGAUUCCAAGAGGAUUUAGUAAUGUGGAUAUCAGGGAUUUGCUUCUGGCAAGUCCGUUCAAGAAGAAUAUGAAUGGUGCCCUCACUCGAUCAAAUGCCUUCAUGAAAAAGAUUCCAGAAAUAAUAGAGGAGAUGGUGAAUGAAAAGUUGGUAAUUGAGGCAGUUGAUAUUGCCUAUACAUUUGGAAUUGAGGACAGAUUUAAUCCUCAAAAACUUGUGAUUUCAUUUUUACGGAAGUCCAAAGAGCCAUUGAUCAAGAAGAUGAAGGGAAAAUCCCAAGGGUCACUUGCUGAUAUGAAUGAUGCAAAAAAGCAGCACUUGGCUGCUCUGAGAUCUGUCACCAAAUGUUUGAGACGUCAUGGUAUUAAACUUUCAGAACUUCUUCCUGGGUGGAAAAUAAAUGAGAAAAUAAUGAGCUUGGAGAAAGAAAUUGCAGAAGGUGAGACGAAGAUGGCACAAAAGAGAAAAAUUGAUGAAACUGAGUCAUCUGGAAGGAUCAGCAACAACGAAGCGAAACGAUCACAUUUUCCAAAUCAACGGCUACAACAGGAAAGAGUUGUUAAUCUUAUUGAUAGCAACAGCACCUUGUUAGAAGGUGGAACUGCUGGCCACAUGUAUGUUUAUUCUCUGUCCCCAUCAGUAUUGCAUCGACCUGUUGGAAGCUCGAUGCAUGACAAUGUUGGCUCACUAGCAGGAAUUGUGAGAGGUGUGUCCGCAGGCACAGAUGUUGUUCCGCAAGCAGCUUCAUAUGCUGGAGGUCAUAGAAGGAUUCUAGUUGAUUCUACACCCGGGUGUACAGGAAGUCAUGUUGGUCAACUAUAUGGAUUGCAUGGUGAUGUAGCCGUGCACGACGGACUGCUCUCCCACAGCUAUGCUUAUGGACCAUCAUCAUAUUUGGAAGGCUCGAGGGGUUUGCCAAACACCAUACGCACUGAUGUUGCUGGACGGAGCUCUGCAUCUGACCCCUAUCAGCUUGAUGAUAGUGUUAGAGCAAGUGAACUCUACAGGAGCGGUGGCUUGAGAGCAGCUGAUGCUGUUCCAUCUGUUGCCUCUGCGCAUCUUUCGUCCCACUUGUACUGGCCCUGAUAGUUUUGCCUUGGGUAGGCAUCACCAUCUAAUCUCUCUCUCUCUGUAGUAUAGCCAGCCUAGAAGUGAUUUCUCUUGGUCUCUGAAAACGCAGAGUCACAAAAAUGUUUGUGUUUCAAUAGCUACUUAGAAACUUUGGUUGAUUUUGAAGCUUAGACAGUGGGGUCUAAACUUGCAUAGCAAAAUUUCAUUGGUCUGGGAAGACUUAAAUUAAAAUAUCAAUUAGAGGCAAAAAUGACUUAAUCCUGCUUCUUUAUCA